CCCUUUUACGCAAGGCAAGGACGCGAACCUUUCUGGAAAAACGUUUCAAAGCGUUCGAGAAAGAGUGUGCCAGCUUCCUCUCCUCUCGAUGCUUUUUGCGGAAGGCGCCUGCGCUACAUCGUCCGCUCUUUGUCUCUUUGCGUUCCUUUUUUCCCCUUCAUGUAGUCAACUACUGUUCUCCUUUUCUCCUUCUACAAUUGCUCUCUUCUCUCUUUUCUUUUUUCUUCUCCUUUUUCUUCUCUUUUUUCUUCUCCUUUUUCUUCUCUUUUCUCUUCCCUCGUGUACUCCUUUCCUUCGCCGCGUCGUCCUACGUUCCUCCUCUCGCUGUCGCUCGAUUUGCUUCGUUCUUUCUCGUCCUCCACCUCUUUUCCUUCGUCUCUUGCUCCACCUUUCCUGGAACAAGUCUCUGCCCCUGUCAAGCUUCUCCGCUGCUCUCGUUGCCUCUGCUUCACUCUGUGUUUUUCGCCUUCGAUAUCUUCCAAAAGUCUCAGAACCUCGUGAUUGUCGCCUUCGCGUAGAGAGCGUGGACUGCCGCUCUGCCUCUGCUGAAAGCGAGGUUCUCGCGCCUUCGCGCCGGCUCUUCCCCCUUCUCUUUCCUCCCCUCAGUUGCUCCUGUCAUGGAGGACGAGGAGCAGGAGCUUUCUUCGACGUUCAGAGACGAGGCUGUCGAGCCUUCUGAAGCUUCGCGCUCGCGCAAUGCUUUUCAAGGCUCUCUGUCUAUGCAGAUGCUCUGCGGCGAUGAGGAAGCGCUUUCCUCGUCCGCAACUUCUUCGUCUCCUUCUUCAGCCUCCGUCGUCUCCUCUUCCUCGUGUGCAGAGUUGUAUGCACUGCCUUUAGUCUCUCCAUCGUCUUCUGGGCAUGUGAGCUCUGAAGAACCUCCGCCCACUUCCCGCUUUACCCAGGAAGAAAUAAAUGUAGAGUCGUAUCAUUCAUCUUCCCCUCCUUCGUCUCCUUCCUUUUCUUCCUCUUCUUCCUCUUCUUCGUCGCCUUCCUCUUCUUCCUCUUCUUCCUCUUCUUCGUCGCCUUCCUCUUCUUCCUCUUCUUCCUCUUCUUCGUCGCCUUCCUCUUCCUCUUCUCCGACUUCUUCUCUGUCUCCGUUUACGCGCCCCAGCCUCGGUCACACCUUGUCUCGGUGCCCGCGGCAGGAAGUUCCGCCUCCUUCGCCUCUGUCUGAGCCUCACCAGCCACUAGCGACUUCUCUCUCUCCUUCUCUCUCUCCUUCUCUCUCUUCUUCUCUUUCUCCUCUCUCUUCCUCUCAGAUUCCUCUCUCUCCGAAGGUCAGUUCUUCUGCUCUCCCUCACUUUUCCUCUCUCUUUCUCUUUCCGGAGAAGCAGUGUGCCCCGCGCGUCGCCUCUCGUUCCUCUUCUCCGUCUUCUUCUCCUCCGUCAUCUUCGCCUUCUUCGGCUUCUCCCUCUUCUGCGUCGUCGUCUUCUCUGCCUGCGCAGGCGCGCUUUGCGCUGCGCGAGCAGCAGCCAGAGAAGACCGCAGACUCUCAAUUCCUCUCUUCAGCGAGCAGCCUCCUGUGGAACUUCGGAAAGAAAAUCGGCACCGGUGGAAAGGCAGCGGCCGAAGCCGCAGCGCAUGCAGCUGCUCGCGCCGCGCUCGUCACUGUGGGCGAACCGACGGUCUUUGCGCCCUUCCCUCGCGACAAGGGUGAGGGGAGAAGCCAGAGGGCAGGCGCUUGCAGCGAGCGGAAGGGGACCAUCGAGACAGACGACGCAUGCAGUGCCUGUGUGAACGAAGAGAGCAGGAAAAGGGGAAGCAGAGAAGAUGCCAGAUGUGUAGACGAGAGAGGAGGAAGCGACGAAAGGGGGGAAGUCAGGAACUGGCCUGAGAGAGGCGAGGAAGGAAGAAACGUCUCGCAAGAAACGCGAGGAAGAGAGAUGAGUGAGGAAGAACUGCGACACGAGGUCGAGGCUCUAAGACAGCAAGUCCGGACGUACCACGAGGUUCUUGCUCAGAUGAGCUGCUUGCCUUCUCCUCAAAAUGCCACUGAGAACAAAAAAGGAUGUUCGCCGUCCUCGAUUUCGCGCUCCUCCGCCCCAGCGGCGACUCUUGCCUCAGCGAAGGAAGAAGAAGCUGCAGCAGGCGACGACAGAGAAGACAAAGAACGAGAAGAAGAUGAAGACCAAGAAGACGACGAAGAACAGCAAGACGAGCGUCCGACGGAGGAGACAAGAGAGAAAGUUCGUGCCCUUCAAGAAGAGAUUUUUGAGUCUGUUUGUUCUGCCGCAGCUGCGGCUGCUGCGUCUGCCGCUCUCACAGCCACGGAGGCGGCGUAUCGGUCUUGGCAGACGUCGCAGACUUCCUCUCUUCAGAGCUCGUUUUCUCAGAGUGCUUCUGGCAGCGGGGACUCGAGCGGCGAUUCGAGGCCUCGAAACGCGCCAGAGUGGAGCGCCGACGUCGGCGCAGUCGCUGCUGCCGCAGCUGUCGCUCUCUACGAAGAUCGAACCCUUGCUGAGAAACUCCGCGCUCUGGUCGAACAGAUGGUUGCGCUGCAACUCUCCACGCGGCGAAAGAGGAAAUGCAGUCUGCGCAAGGCUCUGUGGGCUGCGCAUGACGGAGGGAUAAGCCCGGGAGAGGCAGCGAGCACACCGGAGAGAACGAACGAGAGGAAAGGAAGAACCGACCGGGCCGCGGAGAGACCAGGCGAGUCCACUGAGGACUCCGAGGGGAGCGUUCCAGGCUCGACAACUGCGUCGAACGCGAGCGCCCAUCUGCGGUGCUCUGGAGGGUGUGUGAGUGUGGAGCAGAGAGAAGAGACAUUGCGUUUGCUCGAAAAGAUUCAGAAGCAGCAAUUCGAGUUAGACCGGCUGCGAGACACCAACGAUCGCCAGGGGAAGCAGCUCCUGCAACUCACGCUCCAGCUGACUGCCCUCAAAACGGAGGCCGAGGAACGCAGCCUUCAAGAGCGCGAGAGAGAAGAGGAGAGAGAGGCGCGAGCACGAGAAGAAGAGGAGAGAGAGGCGCGAGCACGAGAAGAAGAGGAGAGAAAGGCGCGAGCAAGAGAAGAAGAGAGAAGCGGAGGCGGAUUGUCUGCCGAUCACGAAAGGGAACUCGAGGAGCUCGCCGCCGCCGCGGCCGAAUGUUUCGACCUCAAGUGUCACCUGCAGGACCUGGCGAGGACCUGCAGUCAGGCCAGUGAUCGACAGCGAGUCCUCGAGGAGGAGGUCGCAAGCCUUCGAAGGGCUCUCGACGCUCGCGAUGCAAAGCUCGAGGAGCUCUCUCAAUUGUCUCGUGCCGCCUCUCCAAAGGAGACAGCUGCUGCCGUCUCAAGCGAAGCAGAAGCGUUUCAGGAUUGUAACGCAGGAGAAGGCGGGGGGAGAGACGAAGAGCGAGAGCUGAGUCGAAAAAAACUGACAACUGUGGUGUCAGUGGGCGUUCAAGCGACAGUCGAGGUCGAGGAAAGUGGAAGCAGAGUCGAAACUCGCACGCGCUCCAGCAUGGUGGAAGCAGCGAGCAACAGUCGUUUGUCUUCUCCCUGCCGGGUCCAAGAGGAAGAAGGUACUGAAGGUGAAGAAGGCGAGAGAACACACAACAGGGAGAACAAGGAAAACAUGGAGGAUAAAGCGACGAAAGGGAAAGAUCCUGAUUUCGUCGAGGUCCCGACGGCGAAGGAUGCGCAUGCGGCAACUCUUUGCAGAACAGCAGAACAGGGGGGGGAUGAAAAAGAAGAACUGAUGAGGAAAGUCAAACUGCUGGAAUUCGAGCUUGAUUCUUUGAAGGCGCGCGACUCCUGCGAGAGGCGCCGACAGCAGCAGCAACUCCAGGACCUCAAACGUUUGUGCGUCAAAGAGAAGGCGAAACGAGAGAAGGCCGAAGCAGAGUGUCAACGCCUGAUGGCAGAAGCUCUCGAACAGCAGGUGUUGGAACUGCACCAGCGUCAACAGUCUGUGGGGGAGGAUGCAUUUCCAGAGUCUUCGUAUCGUUAUUCGCGAUCGAACGCCUCGCCUUCCUCGCGGCAGCGGCUUUCUCCCCCAUCUCCUUGCGGCGUUCGUCGGCAGGAGGCCGGCGCACGGGACGCAUGCAGUCCUCAGGCCGGUCUCCAUCGAGGCACAGGAGACAGCAGUCCUCUGUGGGGUGUGGCGAAGCGCGAAGCGACACUUGAUUCCGCAGAGAGACAGAAAGGAACUGAGGCCUCUCAAGACAUCUCUCCCGACUCCACGCCUGCUUCUCAAGCGGCUCUACGAGAACUCCACGACGCGUACGAAAGCUUGAAAGAAGAAUUCAAUCAGCUCUCGGUCGCGCAAACUCUAUUGCAGGACGACGUCACAAGGAAGGCGGAGAUCAUUGCCUUCCUUGUGAAGAAAUACGCUCUGAAGGAAGAAACGUUUAGAGGGCCUGUGCCGGCCUCUUCGUCGUCCUCCGGGUGGAAGCGCCUAGCCGCGGCUGCCGCCGAGGCCGUGGGAGGCGCGGGCCAUUCUUCUCUCUCUGUCGAGGAAAUGCAGAAAAUGGUGGAGGAGACGCUUCUGGAGAACAUUCGCCUCCGCACAGAUCUUGCCACCUUGGCAGAUGACUUUGAGCGGAUUCUGAAAACACAGGGCGCGUCGCCGGAGGACAAAGGGUCCCUCCCUGCUUCACCGCACCCUUCUUCAGCCGCCCCGACGCCGGGACAUGGAGACAGGCAUCGCGCCUCGCCGAUGCAAGAAGAGAAUUCAAGUGGUAACUCUCACGCAAAGAAGGGAGGCCAGACCGAGAGGACGACGUUGAUCAACGGGAUGGAUUUACAGUCCUCGGCGGAGGCGGAAAGGGAACGGGGAGAGGAGGCGAAACGACCCCCCGGUGUUCUGAAGGAAAACGAAGUGCCUGUGACGCUGGCGAGUGGAGAGAGAAGCCGAGCUCUCACCAGUGAGGGAAUGGCACAUUCCGACUCGAGUCUGAAGAAGGGGGAGCAAGAGGAAAAAGGGAAAAAGAUGGUCUUACUGAGUUCGGGAUGUACUCGACUGACCAGCCGGACAUCGCAAACAGACAAGGCGGGGGUUUGCGGCACAGGGGUGGACAGAAGCGCCGACGAAGGCUGUUCGCCGCUCUCCGAUUCCGAGGCCUGCAGUGAAGUCGUCCUCUUCCGUGCAGAUGCGUGAAAACUUUGGUAAAAAUAGGAAAAACUUGUGAAUCGACGAAUCCCGUGAGGAAGAUACUCACACAGAAAGAAAAAUGUUGGACAAACGAAACGGCGGAAAAACGCAACAGGCACAGCAAAAGGGGAGCUUUAAAAUAGAGUCUCCAGCACAGAGGUCAAUGUUUCCUGAGAGACUCCGCACCAUCUCUGUCCCGGUUUGACGGGGUGGGACUGUUCGUCUCUGAAGUCGCUUUUUCAGGUUUUGGAUGGCCGAACACGGUGAAUUUGUGAGACGAAACUGAUCUUCUAGGAGGGCUUUCGGUUCGUCCACGGGUGUGCGGGUGCGGUGCACAGACACCUGAAUACAUCAUCAAUGGAUUUCUGAGUGUACGGAGCUGUUGUCGCCGUUUACGAAACGCGAAGAGUCAUCUACCGGAGGGCAAGCUUCUGCGUUGGAGUCUCGUAGAUGUACCUUUCAGUCAACGGAUUCUAGUCAGCUAGCCGGAACAAGUGGAAGCAUCUAGUCACUUUCCUCAGCUGCAGCUGCAGGCGUGUACGUGUGAAAAACGACAGGGUCUGUCUACGCGGAUGCACUGUUCGUUACAGCUGAGGGCACCACGUGAGAGCUACAGGGGAAGCGUCAUAGGAAGGCGGCCUGCGGAACAGCAGGGAAACAAUGAAAAAGGAAAACUGUCGCGGUGUUUGUUUUACCGGAGGAAGGCAGUGCAUUUGUUUGGAACAGCAGGAGACUGUUUGUCAGAGCAGGCUGUCCCGUGGUGGACGCUGAAGGAGAUGAAUUACGCC